GUUUCAUACGUUUUUAUUUUCCUACAAUAAUGUGACAGUUUGAAAGCAUUUGUGCGUAGUAAUUCACCUCCUAACAAUAAUCAGUUGAACCCGCAGCUAAGGUUGGGUAUCGUUGAGGUUUUUUCUGAUAUUGGCGUUAAAACGAUACUUUUAAAAUGGUGCUGGGGCCUUAAUGGUGCCAGGACCGAUAUUUAAAAGUACUGUUUUCCUCUGAAUAAAUGUGUGUGUGUAUUGUCAGGUGUUGUUGGAGCAGGAUAUCUUCCAUUGUUCCCUGAUGGCGUGUUGUCUAGAGGUGGUAUUGUUCUCCUACAGCUCCCAGAGGACGUUCCCCUGGAUCAUCAAUGUCUUCAAAUUGGCCCCAUUCUAUUUCUAUAAGGUGAUCGAGGUGUUUAUCCGCUCAGAGGAAGGUCUGUCCAGAGACAUGGUGAAGCACCUGAACUCAAUCGAGGAGCAGGUUCUGGAGAGCAGAGCGUGGACCUCAGACUCUGCCCUGUGGAGUGCCCUGCAGGCUGCUGAGAACAGAGUCCCCACAGUAGAGGAGGUGAAUUUCUCCUCCAAUCUUGACAGCGGUUCUGGUCUCACCAGUGGAGGGCCGUCCUAUCUGCCUCUGCUCACCCUCUCCCCCAUUAUCCACCCUCGUAUCAGGGAGUUCAGAUCAGGUCUGGAUAGUGCACGCAAAGAUGUGCCUCCCUCCCCAUUGUCAGUCCACGACAGGUAUAGCUCCCCAGCAGCUGGCUCUCUGGUUAAACGCCGGCUCUUUGGCGACGAUCCUCCGGCCCCAAAGACGGGACUGAACCCCGGUAUGAGCCCGGCCUCGUCUCCAGCCAAAAGGCUGACGUUUGGUUCGAGCAGCACCCUGAGGAUUGGAGAACAGGAGACCCAGACCACCAUCCCCGUCCUGAGCAUCCCACUGCAAGGUAGAGCACAGGAACAUUCACUGUACAUCGAUUAACUGAAAUACAAAUGUUGUUCAAUGGCUUCUGUUUCGUGAUUAUUUUAGUAAAUUCAAAGCUGUUUAACAUCAUGAAUCAAAUAUUGUUUCUACCACUUAAAGUUAAAUAAGGCAUAAAAUCUAGGUGCAAAUAAUAUA